ACAAACUAUGCAGCCCCACUUGUGCUGAUCAAUACGCUGGCGCCCCGCUCCCCCGCCAGCCGCCCUCUGUCUUUCUGGCACUCUGGCUCAUCGGCUGCGUCCAUUGAUUGCUCCGGCCUUUUGGACACAAAACAGGUCACCUGAAGGAGGUGUGACGUCAUGCGACUGGAGCAGGCACCGCCCCCGGUCCUGCAGUCUCUUAACGGCGGCUCCAUAGAUCAGGGCCACCAGAUCAGCCUCAACACGCUUGACAUUGUGGACAACAACAACGUGUCCAGCCAGGACAAACAGCAGCGAAACACGGGCUCGGCUACAAGCAACACAGUCGCAGCCAACAAAAACGUCCUGUGGGCCCUAGAACCGGCAAGCCCAGACGAAGAGGAUGAAUACUAUGAAGAUGGAAGAGGAAGCCGCGAGGGGAGCAGCGGCGGGUUGAGCGAAGCCUCAGAGGAAGAGGGUCGCAGCUCGUCAUGUUCGGAGGCGUCUGAGUUGGCACAGCUGGCCAGCUCGAGCGAGGACGAGCAUUUCAACGAGCAGUCCAGCAACAGAGCUACAGACAUCGGCGAAGCGGUCGCGCCGCUCGACAGGGAUGACACGCCUCCAGUGGAGAACAUGGCACCCCUCACCCCCCAGCCAAAAACCGCGCCCGAAAACACCGCAACAGACGCCAACAAGGCUCCCAUCAACAACAACUCGAUGACUGACUCUAUGCUAGGCGCAUUUGACGUGUUCACUAUGGAAACUGCAAUGCCAAAAAUCGACCUGGCGCAGCUGGAGAGCCACUUGUUAGCAGCGGCCAAGAGAGAAGACCACAGGCGUCGAAAUGACAGGGAGGAAAUCCGCCGUCGACUGGCCAUGGGCGAGGAGGCUGAAAAGCCUGGCGGCCGGAAACCAAGCCUCCAGAGCAGACUGCAAAGUGGCAUGAACCUUCAACUCUGCUUCAUGAACGAGUCGGCCACAGACCUGGAGACGGACCAGGAGGUAGCGGCAGCCACGGCUUCGUCCAAUGCGACGCCUAAGCCCGCAGUGCCAACCAUUGUGCUGCCCAAAAGUAGCUCUCUCGAUCCUGAAGUGAUGCAGCGGGAGGCCCAGAUGGCGCUUGCCCAGGCCUCCAAACUGGCCCACAUGGAGAUGGCCCUGGAAAGGCAAAACAUGAGACUGUCCCUCACACCCAGCCCUACUUCGCAGCUCCUCAAGAAGUCCCUGAAAAAGAUUGGUGUCAACUUCCCACCAGAAAGGAGAAGGGUCAGUCGACAGCUCUUGACCGACUUGAAUGUUACCCAGCUGCAAGUCCUGGUCAACGAUCUUCACACAUUGAUUGAGAGUCUGAAUGAAGAACUGGUACAGAUGCUGAUGGAGCGUGAUGAUUUGCACAUGGAGCAGGACUCUCGUCUAGUGGACAUUGAAGAUCUUAAUAGAUAUUUAGGAGCAAAAACUCAGCCUGUUCCGCCUGGACUCCAGCGUUGAUGUUGCAUAAAAUUUGCGCCCUCCAUUUUCCAAAGAGAAACAUGUUCCAAUUCCUGCGAAGUAAAAUCAAAUAAUAAUGUUUGCUAACUUGAUAAGGCACACUGAUUGUGAGACAAAAUAAGCAUUUUUAAAUUUUAAUAGAUACUAGACUAAACUGAAAGAAAUUUAUUUUGAGGAAAAUGCAUUUAGUCUUGUUUACCUUUAAAGCAGUGCCUCUGCAUCCAUUCCCUGCUAAGUUUUAGCGAGUCAAUUUUUGUGUUACUAGUGUAGUUGGCCCUGAUUUCGAAUUACUCUCUGCACUUUAUUUUUAUCCUACGUUUUCUGAACUUUGACCCCAUAAUCAAUCAGAAAAGAAGCUUAAUUAUAAUGUGCCAUUUAACUCUGGGUGUUGAGCUCUCGAGAAUCAUAUCACUGUAAAUAAAGAGGAAAAACAAAUUUAUCCUAAUUUUUGAUCUGAAUAUUUUACUUAUACGCAUUUAUCUUGUACUUGAUAUGAAAUAACUGCCCUUUAUUUAUGUAUUUAUUGGAUUUACAAAAAUUGACAUAUUUUAAAGGCUCAAUUAGCUGUUUUGUAAAAUAUUGUUACUGUACUAAUAAUAAUUGCGUUGUUGUAUUGUGGAUCUAAUAAUCAAAGUCUAUCUACCCCAUUA